AAUUUUCAAAAAUCUUAUUUUCUUUAUUAAAUCCUUAAUGAUCUCAAAUAUCUAUGCAACUCGUGAAAAAAAUAUAGAAGCAAAUCUUCAUUUCCUUGUGAAGAGAUUUGAAUCAGUAGCAGAAAGAUUAGAAAAGCUUUCAGGAUUGAGUGUAGAAAGUUUAGAAGUUUCUAAAGAUGAGGAAAAAAAGCCAGAAACAGUAUUCAAGUCUUUUUUUUUUUCAAUUAUGAAAGAAUAUCAGUGUUUUAGUGAGAAAUUAGACAAGGAAGUAAUGGAGCAGGCACAGUAUGUUUUGGAAGCAUUUGAAAUGCUUGGAGAAUUUAUUGAGAAAGGGUCAUGUAUGGAAAAACCUGAUUUUUCAUCAUCAGAGUUUCAAACGUUGAUUCAACCUCUUCAAGAUAAGAUUGAUAAGGUGAUUAAUAUUCGGAAUAAAAAUCGUGGAUCAGAAAUGUUUAAUCAUCUUUCGAUGGUUAGUGAAGGAAUUGUUGCUCUUGGAUGGAUUACGGUAGAACCGACUCCAGUGCUUUAUAUUGGAGAUAUGAAAGAUAGCGCACAAUUUUAUGCAAAUAGAAUUCUUAAAGAGAAAGGAUCACUAGAUACAAAAUGGGUAUAUUCAUUUAUUAAUUUAUUAACUGAAUUGCAAUCAUAUGUUAAAUUAUACUACAAUGCAGGAUUUUUAUGGAAUUCAAAUAAAACGAAUCUAGAAAACGAUAAAAAGAUUCAUAAUAGUACAGAUAUAGAAGAUAAGACAGAAGCAGAUGCUGUUUUACAACCUCGUAUAUCAGAAUCCAGAACUAAAAGAUCGAAUAAUAUUGAAUCAGUUUUUUCAGAACUUAAUAUGGGUGAAUCUAUUACAGAAAAAUUACGUAAAGUCAAUAAAAAUCAGACGACACAUAAAAGCCCCUCUCAUUCGGCACAAUCAUCUGCUCCCUCAGAUUAUCGAUUAUCUCAAGUUUCGACAACAGAAGAAAAAAAGACCAAGUUGCCGUGUAAAAAAGAACUUGCGGGAUCACGCUGGAAUAUUGAAAAUUUUGAGGAUAAUCAUAAUAUUGUUAUUAAUCAACUUGAAACGAAUCAAACAAUCUAUAUUUUUAAUUGUAAAAGAUGUACAAUCUCCCUUAAAGGAAAAGCAAAUACAGUCUAUAUAGAUCAAUCAUUCAAUUGCGGAUUAAUAAUAGAUACACUUAUUUCAGGUAUCGAGUCUACUCGAUCUGCGUCACUUGAAAUUCAGAUUUCUGGUUAUACUCCAACAAUAACACUUGAUCAAUGUGAUAAUAGUCAGAUCUAUCUUUCCCCAAAAUGCUUAAGCACUGAAAUUAUAACUAGCAAAUUUAGCAGUAUUAAUGUCCAUGUCCUAGAGGAAAAAAAUGGCGACUAUAUAGAACAUCAUAUACCAGAAAUGCUUAAAAGUACGAUUAUUAAUGGAAAACUUGUAACUAACUUUGUUGAACAUCUAAGUUAAUG